GUUUUCAAAUAUAGCUGUGUUUGAAAUUAACGAAUUCAAUCUGCACUAAUUGCAGUCAGUCUUAUUGUAAAUUUUAUAUUUAUUUCUACUUUCUACUAUUUUAUACGUAUGAUAUUUUGCAUGUUUUAAAUCUGGAUGAACAUAACGCAAUGUUGGCGGCCACCAACCCACAAGUAAGUAAAGUAAAAAAGUUUUUACAUUUUUUUUGGAAAUUAAUUUGUCAUUUAGGUGUUUAUACCUUUUGGGCGGCAACAUGUGAGAAAUAGAUUCAUAGGUGAAGUAAAAACGCCAUCCGUUGGAUAUUAUGAUCGUCCUGAACUACAUGCUGAUGAAUUUUUGUCCAAAAAAGUAACAGAACUAUGUUUGGAUGAAUCUGUUAAUAUAAAUGUAAGUAUUUUUUAUUAUAUUAAACGUGUAAAUGUUAAUUUUUGCUUUGAUCGAUAAAUUUGAAAUCAAAUAAUUAGUCAGUUCCCAUAUUGAAUAUUGUGUCCCAGUUAGCAUUACAGCCUAUUUUACUUAAAUUUAGUAUACACUUUAAAAAUAUUACAAUUGACAACCAAGAUUUUUAUCAGGUUAAUCAAUUUCAAAACUUAAAACCUUUCAAACUUUUAGUAGAUACUUGUUUUCAAAUAAUAAUUUAAAGCUUUAAUUAAUAUUAGUUAAUUAAUUAAUUAUGAUUAAAUAAAUGAUUAAUUAAUAAUUAAUAAUUAAUUAAAUAAUUACACAAAUUACUCAAAAUCACACUAUUAUUUUAAAAUAUAUAAUAUUCUAAUUUUUUAUUUGUACAAUUUGGAAACGUAGUUAAAAUUGGUACUAAAUAUCUUCAAAAAAAAAUUAGUUAAAAUUGGAUACACAUUUUUUUAAAACUCUAGCCUUUGAAUUGUGAAAAUAUACUGCAGUAUAGUUAGUUUGAAAUACUAUAACUUCAAUAAUUUUAUCAAGAACUACCCUAAUAGUAUUUAACUACCUAUAGUAUACCUAACCUACAUGUAGUAUUUGAAUCAAUAAAAAAUAGUGAUUAAAAUUUUUCAAAAUGUUAGUAUAUUGGUUUGUUGAAAAAGUUCUAGUUCUGAAUUGCGUGAGUAAAUUCAAACCUGUUUCAGGCCUGGAACUUUUUAAACAGACUUCAUAUAGUCAUGUAAAAAUAGAGUGUAAAUAUUAACUAAACUACCAACAUUCAAAUUGUUGUGUAUUGCAUUUCAUAAAUUUGUUCUAUACUUACUGUGUCAAUUUUGCUCUAGAAUCAAGAAAAAUUUAUUUUAAGAGAAAAAGAUGGAGCUGAAGAAGAGUUAUAUGUUUCUGGUAAAAUAGUAGUGCAUAGUCGAGGAAAUGCUUGUAAAUCAACUGCAGAUAAAGAAGACUAUAUUCCAAGCUGCCGAUCCUUAAUCUGUACUUAUACAAUGGAAACUAAUGUUAGUCAUGCUUUGUGGAGUGAAUUUAAUAUAUCACCUGAAGAAAAUGAUAAUGGAAUUAAAUUCAAAGGUAAUUUAUUAUUAACACUUCUAAUUUUUAAUGCAAAUUGAGAAAACCCUGCACAAAUGUUAUAGAAUUAUUAAAAUUAUUCUUUUAUAAUUUGACCAUACAUAUAUAAAUUAAUUCAAUAUUUAACUUCUAUAGUUUUUGUAUUUUUAUUGUAUUCAAAAUAUUUUUUUUAACAUUUGGAUGUAUUUAGUACUUUUCUUGAGAAAAGGUCUGUAAAAUAUGCAGUGUGAUUCAAUAUCAAAUUUUUGUUUCAUAAUAAUUGUAUUGUUUUUAUUUUUUUUAUUGAAUAAUAAAAUAAAAUACAAAUAAAUAGACUGCCAAGUAAAUAUAAUUUCAAAUGUAUUUAUAAAACUGAAAAGUUUUAUAAAUACAUUUGAAAUUAUUUAUUUUAAGCUAAUAAUGUGUGUUAUUAUUUUUAGAUAAAACAGUUCCAUGCAUAUGUAUAGUUGAUGCAAAAAAAAUAAGCUUAUAUUCUGAAGGAGGAGAUGUUUGGCAUACACCAUUAUAUUUUAAGGUAAAUUAAUACUAAUUUUAUUUUUAUAAUAAUAUUACAAAUUGUAACAAAUAAACUAAUAUUUAUCCUAUACUUCCAAUAUUUUGUGUGAAUCUAUUUUAUGACUUUUAUGAUAUAUUCUACGUAAAGUAAAGAAGCUAUGUAUUAGUUUUACAAUAAUAUUUUUACUAAAAUAAUAUAAUUUUGGAAUAGAUAAAAGUACCCAUGAAUAUAAAUAAGUUUGAUUAUUUACAGGUUACAUCUGUAUGGAAUACAAGUUUUGGAAUAUUAAUUGAAAGAGAUUUAGGACAAGUGCCCAUUGAUAUGACAGGAAAAUCUUUACCGUUGCCUACUUUAUACUCAUUAAGCCAGCCAUUGAAAGAAGUUUUACCAUUGUUCUUACUAAAGCAAGGUUGGUUAUUAUAAUUGUAUAUUGUAUUCAAUUGUAUGUUUGUAGUAUUCUUCUAGUUUGAGUUUCAGCCUUUAAAACCAGUCCUACAAACAAUUUACCGCUAUCUUUCUAUUCAAAAUUAACUCUUCAUCAAUGACCAUUUGUAUUUGCGAAGGUUUUGUCAAUUCCCCUAUGUUGUCAUCAAUGUAAGGUCCAUAAAUUCUCCAAAGUAUUUUCCAUUCAAACACUGCAGGUCUGUUUCUUCACUUUUUCUUAGGAUUCAUGUCUCAGAUCCAUAUAAGUCUAAUGAUUGUAUCAGUGUCUUAUAUAAUUGGAGUUUAAGUCUUAGAUAAUACUUUAAAGCUGAACAUACUUCUUAGUCCGUAGUAACUUAUCUAUUUCCCAUUUGUAAUCUAUUAUUUAAUUCUUUUUUUAAGUCAUUAUCUUGUACUAUUAUUGAUUCUAGGUACUUGAGAAGUAUGGCACUCUUAAACUUAUAGUCCUCUACCUCUAUACAUUUUUCUAUCUCUUUGUCCUAUUAUUAUAUAGGUACUCCGUUUUACUGUCAUUGAUGUUUAAACUAGUCUUAUUUUAUUUGACACAUUUAUUAGUCUUACAGUGUAGUUUUACAGUUUCUAAAUUAUUACCCAGUAGGACUAUAUUAUUGGCUCAUGCCAGUAUGUCUAUUGUCAUAUUUCCUAGUUAAGCUCCUUCAAUCACGUGUAUGUUUCUUAUUAUUUUCUUUAGUAAUAAAUUAAAAAGAAUGAGGGAGAAAAUAUUUACCUUGGUUUAGGCCAGUAGAUGUCAGUCUUUUUUUUAUUUAUAUUUCAUGUUAUUGUUAUUGUAUGUAUAUUAGCAUAUUUCCAUUAAUGAAUAUUUACUUUUUAAUUUUUUUAUGGGGACACAGUAUUGUAUAAAAUAAAUUAAUCCAUAAAACAUUAUUCCAAGGACAGCCAAAAUAUUUUCAUAAAACUGAAAUAUUAAAAUUACUUUCAGUCCAAAUAUUUUAAUUGAAAACUUAAUUAAAAUAUUAUUCUAUAUAUUCUUAAUUUAUUGAAAUAAAUAAAGAGCUGUCAUUUGUGGUAAUCACCUUUAAAUCACAGUUAGCAUAUUAUUAAAUUAUAUCUGCCCUAAUACUACAUAAAGUCUAUUAAAUAUUAAUAACUCUUAUAUUUUAGGAAGUAUAUUACAAUAUGCCAGAGAUUGUUUAACUACUAUAGUUUUCACUAGUAUAGAAUUGAAUAUAUGUUUAAUGUAUGACAUGUUAAAUGGUUUACAUAGUGUAUGGAAAAUUAGGAAGCCCACAACUGAAGUAAAUUAGUAGUAUAAUAUACUUUAAUAAAAAUUGUUUCUAUUUAUUUAUUUUAUAUUUGUCUUUAGGAAUGUAAUAUUAUGUGUGGUCAAGAUUCAAUGUAUUCUACUACAACUAAUCCAUCAUAUGUUCCUAGUAAUAAUAAUCAAAUAAAUACCAUGUCAAACUCAUUAGUAGCUGGGUCUGGGGUUUUACAAGACAGGCAAGUUUUAUAUUAUUAGGCAGACUUUUAUAAACAUUUUUUGAGUUAUAUAUAUAUUUUAGAUUAUCAUUAAAUCAACCAGCCAACUCUAGUCCAUUUACUUUAAACAAUAGGCGAAGUACACCUAAUAUAUUAUCUCCAUUUAAUACUCUUAGUCCUAUGACAGCAAUCAGGUUAAUAUUAAUAUUUUACCUAUCAUAUCCCAAAUAAUUGUUUUAGUUUGAGUUUUUAUUAUUUAAUUAUUUUUAGUCAUUUCAACUCUUCUAUUUGGAAUAGCCCAACAAAUACUUCAAGAAGAAGUUGGCGUCCAAAUGCUACAAUAACUAAUAGUCAAUUAUUUAACACCCCAACAUCAAUGUCUUGUAUUAUUAAUGCUAGACUUGGUCAUGGAAGUAUGUACGGAGAUAAUAAUUCUAAACCUGUUAAUCCAGAUAUUUGUUUAGAAUAUUUGUGGACUGAAAACCAAAAUACUAAAAAGUGAAUAUAUUUAAAAACAUAAAAUAAUUAGAUGGAUGAACAUAAAUCUGUUAAUUUUUCAAUUAAAUAAUGAUGAAUAAAAAUUUCUUAAAUAAUAAGUAUUUCAUUAAUUAUAAAUCUGAUAAAAGUUUUCAACCUGUUUAUUGUUAUUUAGAAGUCAAGAAUUAUGUGGUGCUUCUACAAAAGUAUUUAUUGCUUCAAACUUUGUUAAAGAACAAUUUUUAUGUUAUCUUUUACCUUCUAAAAACCAGUUAAUUUGUGUUGGAUUGGAGCGUUCAGAAACAAGUAUAAAUGAUAUAUUAGGAGAUGUCACAGUUCUUUUAGCAAAAGAUGCAGCUUAUUUACCAGUAAUUAUUAAUUAAAUAUUUUUAGUAGGUAUAAUUUAUAAUUAUAUAUAUUUUAAAUAAAGAUUUUUAAUAUAACUUUUAUAUAGUUAGAACAAAUUUAUAUUAAUCAUGAAGUUUAGUUAUUUUAAAAUUAAACUAAUUAUGUGCUUUGAAUCAUUAAAUAAAAUUCAAUAUUAUUCUUUGUCUUCAAUAUAUAAUGUAUAUUAUAUAUAUAUACAUUAAACACUAUUGUUAAAGGUCAGGUACUGGGUAACUUUGGUAUAGCAAUAUACUGGCAAGUGAAAGACUGAUUCUAUUCCCAGUCCGGCCGUCUGAUUUUCAGCGUUAUUUUCCAGUUUCUACAAUAUAUAUAUUGUAUUCAUAUUCAGUCUUUCUAUAUACUAUUAGUCUUUGACUUUAAAAAAAUGUAUUUAUAUUUUAUUCUAAAACCAAGUAUUUAUUGGUAAUAUUUAAUUGAAGGAAAAUUUAUAUUUUUAUUUUCUAGUCAACAAAUUUGACUGUAUUAAUGGAUUGUCAAAACAAUAUUUCACUAUAUUCUGGAAUAAUAAUAAUUGGUUCAGUUCAAUUGGGAAGUAUGUCAUCGGCAGUAUUUGGUGAAAAUACUUCUUACUUUACAGCAACUAAUAGAUCAACUCUUGAAACUCCAUUAAUAAAGUAAUGUAUAAAUAUAUAUAUUAUAUAAUAUAAAUAACCUCAUACAUGUUUCUAAAUUAUUACUAAAUAUUGAAUGAAUACAAGUUAUUUAUUUAGAAUUUUAUUGACAUCAAUGUUUUUAAUUUUAUUUAUUUAUAAUAGUAUAUAUUUGUUAAUAUAAUUUUUUUUUAUAAAGUCAAAGGAGUUUGUUGUCGUCUACAAGAAAUGAGGAUUUGCAAAUAAAUCAAAAUAUUAUGAAUAUUAAAUCAUCUUAUGAGUAUGAACCACAAUUUACUUCACGUUUAGAAACACCAUACUCUGAGUCUUCAAUAUGUUGUUUUAUGUCUAAAGUAGAAUUAAAAUGUUUAAGAGAUCCUAUUGCUUCACGUGUAACAUUAGUAAAUAUUUUCUAUUUGACCAUUUGUCAUAACUUGUAAUAAAUAUUAUGAAAUGUAUCGAUUUAAUAUAUUAUUAUUAUUAUUUAUAGGUUCAUGUUGAUGGAAGUAUGAUUCGAGUUGAUUUUCCUGUUGUUAGUUCAUCACCACUGGGUUAGUUGCAAUGUGUAGAUUUUCUUUAAUUAUUAAUGCAAACUUAAUUUUUUUAUUCUUUAGUUACUAAAUGUUUGAAUACAUUAAAAAAUAUUUUAAAAAAAUCAGUAGUCAUGGAAUUAAUGAUAAAAUGGUAUACUGUGAGAAAUGCACCUGGCACACAGAACAUAUCAGGUGAAGAGGAAUGGAAUUUAUUUCUGCAGAUGUUACUUGGACUUAUUGGAUAUAAUUUAGAAACAUUACCAUUGACACAAGAUUCAUUAAAUACUAAUAAUGAUACUCCAGCUAAGUCAAAAAAACAGCGAAUUCUGGACACUGGCAGUGACGAUGACUGGUUAUUUAUGUUAAAAUCUUCAUUUAACAGUUUUCAAGGGAAUAAAUUAGCAACUUCUCUUGGAUUAAAAAAUAAUAUUAUUAACUAUACUCCAAGGUUUCAACAAAAAUCGACCAUUAAAAACAAUAUUGAUUCUAAUUCAAUACUAUUUCCAUUUAUUUAUGAUAUUUUAUUUUCUUUCCAUUUAGUUUAUGAAGUAUGUAUUAUAAUCUUCAAUAAAACAACUGUAUUUAUUUUAUUUUCUUCUUUUUCAAGGAUUUAAAACUUAAUUCAAUGAAAACUGAUUUACUGCCAAUGAUUGUACAGUUAUUAUAUCAAUUAGCAAUAGAUUUAAAAUUAGAGGAAUAUGUUUAUCAUUAUUGGAAAGACUUUCCACUUUUUUGCAAUAGAUAUAACAUAUCUUCAAGAGUAAGUAGUUAAUUGUAAUAAACUAGAUAUUAUAUAAAUAUUAGCAAUUUAUUGACUUCCUUGUACAGAACCAAAUAUACCCUAAUGUAUACCUGUUCUCCACUCAUCAAGCAAUAUUAAAAAAUACAUUUUUUUUUUAUAUUCUGAGUGGAGUGAAGAAGCUUAUGGUUUUACAAAAAUGUUUUUUUUAUAUAUAUAUAUAUGUACGCAACUUUUUUACCAGAAAUCUUGUUCUGAAUUUUAAAUGUAAAUACUUUCCUUAAAGGAAAUUGGACUGGGGAAGUUCUUUAUGAAUGUCAUUUUUCAAUUUUUUCUGGAGUUUUCUCAAUAAAGGUGAAAAAAAAUGGGAAAAUGUACCAAAUGUAGGUAUUAGUUGAGAAAUAUGUUGGCCUUUUUUUCCUGUGAACAAUUUUCCUACAAGCAAUAUUGCUCCAAUUUACAAUGAUAGCACUUUUUCUGAAAAGAAAUAUGAUUGGGAAGGUACUGAGGGAGGUCAUUUUUCCCAAGAGUUUUCCCAGCAAAUGUGAAAAACCGUAAAAAAAAAACAUGGAGAAAAACUGCAAAAUCAGAACAUUAAACAAAUAUUAUUAAAGAAAGUAUAUUAUGCUUUUUUAAUUAUUUUACAAUAAUUUGAAAUGUAUAUUGUUGACAAAGCAUCACUAUGAACUGAACUCUGCUCAUAAUCGUUUUUCGUUAGCAAUGGCUUAUUGUUGCUCACAGGUGUAUGUUAAAUUACCUAUAACAGUGGCUCAUACCUGUCCCCAUUAUCCUACAAUAGAUUUUUUUUUAACUUAAAUGAUUAACUUCAUAGAAGUUUUAUUUAAAAAAAUGUGGACUACUGGUAGGGAAGAGUUCAGUUUAUUUUUAAAGCCCCUAUUUAUUUUAAUAAAUGAUAAAUUUAGUUAUCCAGAAAAUAAUAAUACAUAUUAUUUUUAUUUAAAUUUUAGUCUAGUCAAUUGAGAGAAGAAGAUUUAAAAAAGCUUAUUAUACCAUCAUUUUUUGAACCAAGUCCACCCAACAUAUUCAGAUUAUGUUUCUUAUUAAUGAAAUAUUAUAAAGCCAGUCCAUAUCCAUGUAUAGAAAAUGUUAAUAGAAGGACCAAAAAUAUAAUUCAGGUAAAAAAUGUAUAUUUUAUUAUUUUAUUCUACUGUACUUUAAAUUUAUUUAAUUUUUACAAAGCAUUGUGUUUUUAAUUUCUUCUGAAAAAAAAUUGUUUUAAUUCAGUUAUGUGAUAUAAUUUUCAUAUUUUAUCUUAUUCUGAAUAAUUAUUCUAUAUUCUGGUACACAGUAAUUAAACCUCGGUUAUCCGUCACUCUCUUAUAUUUCGACUUCUGUUAGACACAGAAUUACACUGAUUACAGCGCCCUGAAAAGGCCCAUUUACCACUUGACCGUGGAUGGUAGAAUUGGCCAGCGAAUUUUGCAUUGUGUAGAUAUUUCGUUGGGAUCUUAAUAUAUGCUACAUUCACUGUUUCCAGGGGCACCGCUUGAAGGUUUCUACCACGCCUUCAACAAUAACCUGAAAUAUACAGAUUCAAUUAUGGGGGGGUAGUUUAUACUCUAUAGUAGAUAUCAAUCUCAGAACAACCAGACUAUAGGUGACAAAUAGUUUGUUUAUGCUGUAUGAUCAUCAUGGUUAUUUUAUUUUUUAAUACCACGCAUAGUGGAGGAACAUAUUUUCCUUAUAUGUGCGUUUUAAAUUUUUUUUUUCUGACUACAACUUUUCUCCUAAAAAUCUUGCUGGUACAUUUUGGGCAUCAUUUUUUGAUUUUCCAAGUAAUAUUCACAAUAAUUGGAAAAAAUAUAUAAAAAAACUGACAAAAAUCUAUGGCGAAACACCAUUAUCAAUUUCAUUAUUUAUAAUAUUUAUUCUAAAAAACUUGUUUUAAAAUUAUCGAAGCACUUUUUUUAAUAAUUUAGAAAAAACAAAAGAAAAGGGAAUUAAUUUAUGUUGUUAACAACUUAAAUUUACUUAAUUAGGAUUUUUUACCAAAAUUUAUGUGUAACAUGUUUUCAGAAAACAAAUUUUGUAGGAUAGGUGUGCAUAACUAAAAUUUGUUCAAAACCAUAUUUCUUUACUAAUGGUUUAUUGUUCUUUACACAUAUAGAUUAAAUAAUUUUAGGUAUCCUACUUUUUCAUUGUAAUACCUACAAUAGUGGCACUUGUGUCCCCAGCAUCAGCUCUUUAUUAUUGAAGUUAAGUAUAGUUGAAGUGUUGGUAGAAGUAGAUCAAAAAAUUUUAAAAAGAAUAUUUAUAUUAUGUUUCAUGUGUUUACUAUCGACUAUGUUUAGAUGGUGUCUCACAGCAAUAUAUUCAUUGCCAAUCUUGGAAAGUAUAACUUUUCUUAACAACAGAAAAAACAGCUCAAAAAUGUUACAUUGCCAUUAUUUUUUAUCCUCUUUAUUUUCAGAGGUGAAAUAACUACCUACUUUUGAUUUUCAUAGUAGCCUAAAAAUCCAUUAAAUAUAAUGAGUUAUGAGAAUCAUUAAAUAGAUGGAGUUUUAGUUUAUAUACAUUUUGAUGUUGAAAUUUUUGAUUUUUGUCAACCUGUUAUAGAGAUAUUUUACUUUUAAGUUUGAGUAGAGAGAGAAUACUAUUUAUGGAUUUUUAAAUUAAAAUUACCAUUUGAUCAAAGGUAUGUAGUUGUUUCAUAUUCAAAAAUAAGAAUGACAAAAAAUAAAGUAACAUUUUAGAGCUCCUUGUUUUUCUAAAUUGUAAAAAAAAUCCUCAAAGUAAAACUAAUAUUUUCCAAGAUAUUACUGCAAUAGGUAUACCUUUGUGGGACACUUUAUAAAUUAUUACUGUGAGUUGUUUUAGUAAUAAAACUAAUAAGCCUUAUUCAAUAUAAAUUUCAAAUAAAUUAUUAGUGUUCUGGAUCAAUUCACGUUAGACAUUAUAUUUAUAUCUGGAACAGAUUCCCUAAUUUUCUUUAUAUCUUCUCAAAUCAAAUGAGCUAUAAUUGAUUCAUUUUAAUUCAAUAAUACAAAUUUUGGAUAUAGGUUUAGAUAAAAAUACAAACUGACUUCUAAUUAUAUAAAAAAAAAAAAACUGUAAGUAUGUAUAAUUUUUUUUUCAGAUUUAUGGUUUGUUAUGCAUUAAAAAGAAAUCUCACAUUAAAGAACUUAUUAAAAUAAUAAAUCCUUCAGAAGUAAAAUUAAUUAAAAAUGAAGAAAUUUCUUUGAGAAGUGUAAAUAUGAAAUCUAAAAUAUCAAAAUAUCAUCAAGCCACAUAUUUUAUGUCUAAAAUUGGUAAAACUACAAAGAAAUAUUAAUAUGAUAUAUUUUGCACUAGUUAGUAAAAUAAAGUAUUCUAAUGAUACAUUUUUAGGUAUAACACAACAUACUAUAUUAACUUAUCCACCUGGAGUGGCAAUGUUGUUAUGUGAAGUUAUUGAUAAAUGCAGAGAAAAACCACCUACAAAUUGGUCAAAAUCAACAUAUGAAUUAAUAAUGCGAGAAGAUUUAGCAUCUCAAUCAUUAAAUACAUUUUAUCAUAGUAAAACAAAAGGAAAAAAUAUAAAUAUUGAAAAAUUGAUUGAUUGGAAUGAUGGCAGUGAAACAGAUAAUGUAGUUAAAGAUGGCAUGGAAAAUCUGGAUGAUGAAGUAUACAAAUAUUUCUUUUUUUCCUUCGUUUUCACUCCAAUUUGCUAACAUGGCCACCCUUGUUCUAAAUUAUGACUGGAUUUCGAUUUACCACCUUGCAUACAUUGGCUGUUAUCAAAUCAUUCUCAAUUAAAUCCAACCACCUUUUUCAGUUUUUCUCUCCACCCUUGCCUCCUAUGUUCAUUUCAUUAUAGUUUUUACUGUUUCAGAUUUCUCUCUCUCCAGGACAUGCCAAAAACAUCUUUGUUUAAUUGUUCACAUUUGGUCUAAUAUUUAAAACACGUCGUCUAAGCUAUAUCUUAUAUAUUCAUCUCUUAUUCCAUCUUCUCUCGUCACUCCACUCAACCGACUAAGCAUUCUCAUCUCUGAUACACAUAUUUUCUGUUUUAAUUUUCUGUCUUAUCAUUCAGGUAAUUUAUGACCUGAUAUUUCUCUCCACUUUAUCCAAUCAUGAAGUAUGAAUUAUUUAAUUUUCUAAUUUUAAAUUGAUUUUGUAUGAAUUUGUAUAAUUUAGAAGAAUGUGAUUUUUAUUUAAAAUAAAUUUUAUUUGUAGCUUUGAAAAAUUCAAUAUUUUUUUUUUCUUAUCUGGCCCAAUUUUAAUCUUUAUGUAAAAUAGUUUUAUUAUUACUUUCUUUAAAAAUACUUAAAUGACACUGCAUGUUAAAUUAUUAUUUUUAUUAUAGGUUUUGAAAUUAUUGUGGAAUAAAGACCAUCGUAUAACAGAUGUAAGAAAUUGUUUACAGUCUUGUCACCCAGUUACCAUAGGUAUUAAACAACCACCGGAAGCAAGUGAUCAUGAUUUUGUUGAGGAACAAGAAAAAUAUUUGUAUUCAAUUUGUGCAAGAACAAUGGCUCUACCAAUUGGGAGGUAAACUUAUUUAUUCAUUUUUUUCAAUCAUUAGAAUUUUUCAUCAGACAAAAAAGUACAUAUAUUUUCAUAGCUAAUUAAAAUUUACAAAUAAAACAUUUAAUUCCAUAUAAUUUUAUAAAAUAAAUUUGCAGAGGAAUGUUUACUAUGAGAUCAAUUCAACCUGUUAUAACUGAACCUCUUCCAUUACCAAAACUUUGUUUGUCUGGUAAAACACCACGUGGUGCUGCAGUUGAACUUAGCCACAUAGACAUUGUUCCUAAUAUGAAUCUUUGGCCAUUAUUUCAUAAUGGAGUAGCUGCUGGAUUACGAAUAAUGCCUUCAGCAGAUAAUAUUGAUUCAACCUGGAUCCUUUAUAAUAAACCAAAAGUAAUUCUUUAAAAUUAUAUUUUUAUUUCUUUACUAAUAAUAUUUUAUUUAAAAUUAUUUAGAGCGUUCCAGAAGCACUACCGGAACAUGCUGGAUUUCUUAUGGCGUUGGGUUUAAAUGGACAUAUUACUAAUUUGGCUACUAUGAAUACUUAUGACUACUUAUGUAGAUCUCAUGAAAUGAUCAGUAUUGCUAUUCUUAUUGGAUUAGCAGCAGCUAAAAGAGGUAUAAUUAAUUUAAUAUCUUAAAUAUUAUUAAAUUAUAUGUUCUACAGUUAAAAAGUAAAAUAUAUAUUUGAAAAAAAAAAAAAAUUAAAAACAUAUUUAUACACUAUACAAUAUAUUGUAUCAGGUACAAUGGAUACAGAAAUUACACGUAUGUUAUGCAUCUUCAUUGAGUCUUUGUUACCUCCUACUACAAUUGAAUUAGAUAUGAGUCAAAAUUUGCAAAUAUCAGCAUUAUUAAGUAUUGGUCUUUUGUAUCAAAAAACUGCUCAUAGACAUAUAGCAGAAGCACUAUUAUCUGAGAUAGGUCGUCCACCUGGUCCAGAAAUGGAUAAUAGUAUUGAUAGAGAAUCAUAUUCAUUAGCUGCAAGUCUUGGACUUGGUUUAGUUGUGUUAGGAAAGGGCUCAGAUGUUGUUGGCCUUAGUGACUUAUCAAUCGCUGAUAUGUUGCAUUACUAUAUGGUUGGAGGACAUAAAAAGCCUCUUACUGGUAAGUAAAGACCAUAGUGUAGUAAUAAUCAAAUACUGAAUAUAUUGUAUCUUAUAAAUAUAAUUAAUAAUAAUUCAUAUUUUAAAUUGUUUUCUAGGUGCACAAAAAGAUAAAUAUGUUAAUCCAAGUUAUCAAAUUCGAGAAGGAGAGAUGGUAAAUGUAGAUGUUACAUCAAGAGGUGCUACGUUAGCCUUAGGCAUGAUGUAUUUUAAAACUGGAAAUGAGUGAGUUGAUUAUAAAAAUAAAUAUUAAGUUUUAAUGUGUUAGAAAAAUAUAAAAUAAUUAAUUUUAUAGAGCAGUAGCAAAUUGGAUGAGCAUACCAGACUCUCCAUAUCUCUUGGAUUUCAUUAACCCUGAAUUUAUAUUACUUAAAAUGUUAGCAAGAGGUCUAAUAAUGUGGGAUUAUAUAUUACCCACAAAAGAUUGGGUAGAAGAAUUAGUGCCACCAUAUAUUAUACAAUAUUGUAUAACAAAACCAAAACCAGGAAUGGCCAAUCCUGAUUUAGAAACCAUUAAGUAUUUAAAUUACAUAAAUAAAAAUGUAAUUUUGCAAUUAAAUUGUAUUAAAAAAAAAAAUGUAUGUUUAGUCAAUCAUACUGUAACAUCGUAGCAGGCUGUAGUAUGGCCAUUGGUUUGCGUUUUGCUGGAACUGCUAAUGAAGAAGCUUUUGAUACUCUUAUAGCUUACUGCAAAAUGUUUAUAGCAUUAUGCAGUAAAUCAGUUGCUGAACUAUGUGGAAAAUCGACAAUUGAAACUUGCAUUAAUGUUACUCUUUUGUCAUUGUCUAUGGUAAGUUAUUUCGGAAAUAUUUUUCUUGCUUUAUCUAUUAUUCUAAAGAUUUUACCCUGGUUAAUUACUUAUACAAAAAUAAAAUUGUACUCAUUUAAGAUUUUAUGAUUAUUAAAUGAUAAAUAGGGCGUGGAUUUGAAUGCUCCAAAAAAACCAUGAAAAAUUCCUUAAAAAAAUACAAUUUAAAAAUAAAAAAAAUGAUCAAAAAAAAUAUUUUAAAUGUUAAAAAUUUCGUUUUUUAUUAGGUAUAUACAUUUUGUGAACACAAAAGUACCAUUAGUUCAAUAUGACUACAUUACAACUCGAUAAAAAGCUUAUAGUUUUCUUAAUUGCAGCUGGCAUCAUAUUUAUCUGGUACAAUCAGUAAAUCUUUAUCCAAUAUCUUUUGAAAAUAGAAUUAUGAAUUUUUUUUUCUUUUAGGAGGAAAUCAAAAUAAAUUUUAUAAAAUUUUCUGAGUAGAUUUUAAAAUUUGUAAAAGAAAAAAAAAUGCCUUAAAAAACCUAAAAAUCCAAAGUAAAAGUUUUAUGUUUUAUUCUUUGAUAUAUAAAACAAAUUUUGUGCUUGGAACCCAAGUUAACAUUGGCUUAACAAGAAUAAUUGUACACUAAUGAAAUACAAGUUAAAUUCUCAUAGAAUACUUUUUAUCAAUAUACUACUUUAAGGUUUAAAAGAAAUUUUUGGAUCAAAUUUAUUAAUUUACUGUGAUAUAAUUGUUUUAAAGUAUUGAAUUAAAGUUAGUGUAUCUGUAUGUGUAAAAUAUUAUCUGAUGGAUAUUUGUAUAAAUUAAUAUAAGUAUAAGGGUUUGCAGUUAUAAUUUAUUUUAUUUGAUAAUAGGCAGUAGUAUAUGCUUAAUUACAAAAGUGUUUCAUGUAUUUAAAUGAAAAUACUAGUGAAAAAAUAGAUAAAUAAUUUUCUACAUAGGAGAAUGAAAAAGUUAGAUGAGAGUGCUAAACAACGGUUUACCACAGGGCUUAGUUCUGGUCCUAUUAGUGUUUAAUCUAUAUAUAAAGUUUAUUUAUGCAGUUGAUAUUGCUGUAGCUAGCCAAAAUAAUAUUUUCAAUAAACUAGAAAAGCCACUGACCAAUGAUCUGGACAAGUUACACUCAUAUUUUAAACAAUGGAGACUUAAUCUGAACCCAACAAAAACAGAAGUAGCAGUGUUCCAUUUAAAUAACAAGAGCAAGUCAUGAAAUAAAUGUCAACUUCGGUAAACAGGAAGUAAGAAAUAACAAUCACCCAAAAUACCUGGGAGUGGUUUAAAUAGAACAUUUACAUAUAAAAGAACACCUAACCAGAUUAUCGGCAAAUAUUAAGACCUGUUAGAGCAUCAUUUUAAAGCUGGCUCCACAUGGAGGGCGGAUGCAAAUACAUUACCGAAUAAGUACCUUAUACUCAACAACUGAGUACUGUACUCCCUUCUGGCUUAAUAGUGUACAAACAAAAAAAUGUAGAUAAACAUCUUAAUGCAGCAGUGUACAAGUUACAUUUUAUAGGUGUACCCUAGAAUACCUACCAAAUAAAAAAAAUCGCAAAAUUAAAAUGUCUAUAAAUAGCUCAAAAAUUGCUAAAAUGUUUUGAAAAUUUGACCACAUUUAGAAAACACAAAUAUAAGUGUUCUGUCUAAAUUUCAAAUCUCUACAGAUAUUUUUUACUGAAUUAAAGUUUAAAAUACUGUAAAUAUAUUAAUAUUUGAUAUGGGUGUGGUUAUAUCAUAUUAGGACUGUUAUAAAAAUUACAAUGUGCUUUUAUUCCACAUAUUGGUGCACCCGUUCAAAGGUUAAAGGACAUUACAGUAACAUGUGCUAUCUCUGUCUAUCUAACGCUUAGAUUAUAUGACUUAAAUUCUUACUUUCAAUAUAGUAAAAAUAUCUUUUCGUACUUCCAAUAGUACUCUGUAUCUAAUAGACCUAAAACUAAAACAAUUUCUUCAAAAUAAAGAUGAAUAUAUUAACUAUGUUUUCAAUAAGGAUUUCUUUUGAUAUAUUUUUAUAUAACUUUCUAUUAAAAUUAAAAUGAAUAAAAAAUAUUUUUUUAUUUAAAUUUUAUUGUACAAACAGAUCAUUUGGGAAAUAUAUAUCAAAAAUCCCCAUUUGGAAACCUAAUGAAUGUUGUCGUCUUUAACUUGGUAAAAUAAUGAUUUAGAUCUAUUAUAUUUUGAGUAUUAUUGGAAGUAUGAAAACACAUUAUUUUCUGUAUAGAUAAACAGAGAAGGUAAAUGUUACUCUUACGCCUUUGUGAUAUUAUUUAUCGUGAACACCUAAAAAUAAUUUCCUUUAUUAUUGCACUUUUUAGGUAAUGGCAGGUACUGGCGAUCUGGAGGUACUAAGAAUAUGUAGAUAUUUAAGAUCAAGAGUUAGCAUUUCACCCCAUAGUGUUAUUACAUAUGGAUCUCAUUUAGCUACGCAUAUGGCAUUAGGGUUAUUAUUUUUAGGUGGUGGAAAAUACACUCUUUCGACAACACCUGAAGCAAUAGCUGCACUAAUUAUUGCAUUUUAUCCUCAAUUCCCAACUCAUAGUAAUGAUAACAGGUAAAAAUUUGUAGAAUAAAUAUUAACGUUUGAUUGAAUUUUAUGAUAGUUGUUUUGUUUUUGUUAAUUAUUAUUUUUUAGAUAUCAUUUACAAGCCUUCAGACAUCUUUAUAUUUUAGCUGCUGAACCCAGAAUAAUAUUACCAAGAGAUAUUGAUUCUGGUAAUUUAUGUUAUGUCCAUUUAAAGGUUAUAUUCCUUGAUUCUAAAUAUUACAAAGACCAGUCUUAUACUGUUAAAGCUCCAUGUUUACUACCACAAUUAUCAUUAUUAAAAGAAGUUCAUGUUGAAGAUGGAAGAUAUUGGUCAAUAGUAUUUGAACGUAAUAGAAAUUGGGAUAAGCUUGAGUAAGAAAAUAUUAAAUUUGUUUUUAACCAAAAGAAAAUUUUACAUUUUUAAAUCAAGAGCAAAGUAUAAAUUAUUCUAUAUUAGAUAUCAUUUAAGGAACCCUGAUGAUUUUCAGUAUUGUUCAUGACAACCAUUCAUUUUUUUAUUUUGAAUUAAGUUUUUUUUUUUUUUUUAAUAAUUAUUGUAGUCUAGGAAAACCAAAAAUUUAUUGAACUAAAUAAAAAAAAACAUUUCUGGUAUUCAAUUUAGCAUCCAUUCAUUAAUUAUAAUUUAUAACUAAUGAUCCAUACAAAAAUUACAAAUUUUAAUUUUUUCUUUGAGAUGUGUCUAGUGUAUAAUAUGUCAAUCUAUUUAAAUUCUGUUUUAUUUAAAAAUGUUUGAUCAUUUGUAACUGUAUAAACUGUAUUAAAUGGUAUAUCAACAUUUAUGAAAAUUUGUUUAUUGUUUAUUUCUAAAGUAUAAAUAACUUUUCACAUUAAAAUAUUUUAGAAACAUGUUAAGUAAUGUAAGUUGCUUAAAUGUCAAGCAUAAAGCAGGUCACUUGUCGUACGCAGAAGAUCCAAAUGGUUAUAAAUCACUCAUAGCUCAAACCCUAAGUUCAGAUGAUUUUAAUUCCUGGUCAGUUUCUGUAAGUUGUAUUUUUUCGAUUUUCAAAUUUUAACUAAACAUAUGUUAUAUAUUACUUUAUAAGAAAAAAAUGUUAAAUUAUUUUUAGCCAGAAAUUAUAUAUGGCUUUUCUUCUGAUCCAAAAAUUGUUCAAAUGGUACGUUACUUUUUAAAUCUAACAGGGGAUUAUGUUAACAACCCACAUCAAGUUUCUGUUAUUCGACAGUAUGCUCAAAUAUUAUUUAAUUCCAUUGUACACGAUAAAGUAUUUUUAUUGCCUUUCUGGAUGCCAAUAAUGAAGGUUUGUAAAAUCAUUUAUUUUAUAAAAAUAUUUAAUAAAUAAUUAAUAUACAAGUUGUAUUUUAGACCCUAAAUAAUUUACCUCAACCACCAAGUAGCUAUUGUUGUUGGCAAUUAAAAUUAUUUAUUGAAUCAGCAAGUACAACUGUUUGUUCUAAAGAAAGUUUGAAUGAUAGGUCAAAAUUAAUUCCUCAAUUAUUUGCUACUUCAAUUAAAAUGACCUGUGAUUCUGUAAUUCAAAAUUGGGAAAAAGGUAAACAAAUAUUUUAGAUUGAUGAAUAAACAAUAUUAGUAUUAUUUUUAUUUUCUAUAAUAGAAGAAAACAUAUCAAUUAAAUCAUGUUGGGACACAGCAAAUGUUCAAGAAUCAAAAUUUGAGUUAAUUAAAAGCGCUUAUUGUACAUUAUUGGAUAUUCCACAUAAAUCCAAAAUAUCUGAAACUGGUAAGAUAUAAUAAUGGUUUAUCAAAAAGUCAUAGCAUAUCCAUACUUUGAUUAAACAAACAUUUAUUUUGUUUGGUAUUGUCAUAAACAUGGAAUAGUUUUUAUUAUGUUUCCUAAUUCAUAAUUAAAACUUUAAAAGGUCACUAAACCCAAAUUUAAUGUUUUAGUCUAAUUAAUAAACAUAGUGGUGUUUUAUUAAAAAUUAAUGUUCAACACAAAUAACAAAAUUUAAAGAGAAUAUUUUUGAUGUACAUAACUUUUUUAAAAGGGGUCAAAAAUAUUCUCUCUUUUUAAAUAUUGCUAUAUGUGUUUUAACUUCAAUUUCAACAUAAAUUGUAUAAUUAUAUUAAUUAAAGUAAAUUUAGUUAUGUAUAUACAACCUCCCCUUGCCUUAGUCUAAAAUCUAUAACAAAAAAACUUACUUCAUACAAUGGGUAGGCCAAUGUUGGUAAGAAAUUGGAAAGAUUGGAUAUAGAGGGGAAUUUAAUGUAUAUCUGCACACAAGGAAUAAUCAUUGGUAAUGAAAAACUAUUCUGAUUCAGGUUUAAAAAGUCUUAAUAUUAAUGGUUUUCAUCAAAAUUUCUGUAUUAAAAAUUCUUUUAGAAUAAAUUGUACUUAACGCCCAAUUUUUUUUUUUGUACAAAAAUUGUACAAAAUGUAUUAUUUUAAAAUCGUAAAUAUUACGGCUUGAAAGACCGUAAUAUUACAGAUAUACAUUAAAUUUCCUCUCUACCUUUAAAAUUUUUACAACAGUGACCCACCCAUUGUGCGAAGUAUAUCAAUUUGAUUUUUAUUUGUAGAUUUAAAAAUAAUAUUUUCGUGAACUGUUAUUACAUCGGUUAUUUAUAUUUUUAUGGUGGCUUUUGCUAAAACUGGGCAUAUCUAUAACUAAUAAUUUACAAUAUUUGUAGUUAUAAAAAAAUAAUUCAAAUUUGUUUUUUAGCAUUGACAGAUCCACAUCUAUUGUAUGAAUACACUAAGGAUCUUCUUCUUUCCUGGGAAACACUUAAUAAAAUAUGUUUAUAAUUGUAUAAUUAUUAUUUAAAUGUAUUUCAAUUAUUAAAUUGAUGAAAUGUCUAUUCAAUACAAUUUUAUAUUUUUGUAUUUAAGUAACUGUGUUUUUUUUAGUAAUUUACUUUUUUUAUCUUUAACAUUUUAAAUACAUUGUAUUGAUAAAUUUUAAAUUAACUUGGAACAAAUAUUUCUAUUAUUUUAUUUGUAUUUUAAAUUUUAGUGCAUAUAUUCAUAGGUAUUGGCAGUGGCAGACUGGCUACAGGAUUUAUGUAUCUCGUUAGACCAGUAGGCUCGAGGUCGUACUAAAUUUAAAUAAAUGGAGUCGGUAUUUAAAGAAAUGUCAUAUAGACUCAGAAACCAUUGUCAAAGCUAGUUAUAUUAUAGCACAAAAAUUUCC